CGCUAAUACAUCUGUAAUUCAUCGUUUUUGAGAAUUUAAUUGGAGGAAUAUGUUUUACACAGUAUAGUUUUCUCUUCCUUUAUCAGAGGUGGGGAAAGUGUCCUGAAUGAUAUAAACACAGUUCCACGUCUCGCCGCUAGAGGGCGCCAGUUGAACACAUAAUGUGAUUAUUAACGUGCAGCAUUUUGCAUUCUUUUUUUACUCCUAAUUAUCGAUUAAUUAGCACGAAUGUCCUGAUUUUAUCCCGAGUGAUAAAUGUGUGAUAUCUUUAAUAAACACCUUUUUUUAAAUAGGUCACGUGAGGGGGUUAAAGGGUGCUGCAGAAUUAAACUACUUACGCAAUAAGUGACAGUUUUAUAUUGUUAUUACAAUCAAUAAAUGUGUCACACUAUGAGACGAUGUCAUUGUGAUGAAGUCAUACUGUUCUGUUUGGUAGUAAGAGAAAAGUGUCAUCGUGAUUAAAACGCGUCAGAACACAAAUACUGUCACGUAAAUCCACGCAGCGUCACGGAAACGGGAAUAAAAUCAAAGCAGUGGUGAAAGUUAUGAACUUAUCCCCGGUUGCUCUCCGGUGUUUUUACUCGAAACUCUUCUCCUCGCCCUCCCCGCUGACGUUACGCACGCAGAGCCGUGGCGUGCCUGCAAGCCAAAUAACAUGGAGUCCUCUGUCUGGCAUCUUCCAGGGAUCCAUGCAAAAAACCUGAGCAGCGGUUAGGAGAGCAACUUUGUCCCCGGGAGCUGCGGGAGCCUCCGGAGGGCGUCGUGUCGGGGGCGUAAGAAGCUUCAGCUCCUUCCACAAACUAUGACGAAGGGCGCUUAAAACAGCCUGCUGCCACUGCGACCCGCAAAACCAAAACCAGGCCGAUCUCUAAGAAGAGGAGACAGCACAAUGUAGGCCCGGCUGGUCAUCAGUGGGACUCCAUACUGAUCUCUGGGGGGGGACCAUGGAGCCAGGAGGGCGACCCCACACCCCAGGGACCAGCUAUGGGCUCCCAGCCUCGGACUCAGCACAAGACCCUGACACCUUUCUCAGCUGCACUUUACAAUCCUCGCGUUCUCCAGACGUGAGCGAUGGCCCGACGUCCGCCAAGCGUUCAUGGGCCCCGGCUGGAGACGAGGGCGCCGAGCAGACCGAGAGCUUAGACCCGGGGAGGAGCGCACAGAGGAGAUUCAGGUCCUCAGCCUUUCCCUCCUCCCUCAGCUGGGACUCUGACUCUGAGAAGGAAACACUUGAUGAGGAGGAGCUACAGCACUUUUCUAACCCUCAUGGUCUAGCUGCUCACAGCCCUGGAUCUCCUUCUUCUGGACUCAGACUCGAUAGUGAAGAGGACCAAGAAUCUGAUAAAUGGCCGCUCAUGCACAGCGAGGCCGACUCCCCCGCUCCCGUGGAGGGGCACAAUAACACCAACAACAACAACAACAACGACGACGAGAGCACAAAGACAGACGAGCCAAAUACAUCUCAGCGCUGCCAAACAGAAUUGUCAGACGGCAAAGUCUGGAAUGUAUCAGAGGGAGCCGAGCUGUUUCUGUCCAAAGUGAAACCAAAGGAAGGAUGCCAAACAGACGAAGAGGAGGAGGAGGAGGAGGAGGAGGAGGCAGACAAUGGAGAGGACAAGAGAAGGCUCAAGGGAGCAGGAAGCAAGGAGCCUGAGAGGGAUGUGUACAGCUUCCCCGGAGACUCAGACCCCGAGAGUCCCCCUCCUGCACCCUGGGCUCAUUGCACAUUCAUCCAGCGGUGCAGGAAGAAGAGGGUGCUGCUCAGGCCUUUCUCCGGGCUCGGCACCUUGAGACGCACUUCACCUGCGAGCGGCGGGCGGGCGAGAGCGAGCCCUCAGAAACUGAAGCCUGCUGAUUCGGCUCAGCAGGACGGAGCCGGAGGGGUUUACGAUUUUGAGGAUUUUGAAGCGGUGGAGAAACCGAUUAAAUUCAGAGACCGAGGAGAAGAAGAAGAAGAAGAAGAAGAAGAAGAAGUGCAGAGUACAGAAAUCUUCACCUGUGUUGAAUGUAGCAUUUACUUCAAGAAGCAGAAGCACCUGCAGGAGCACAUGGUCGAGCACUGUCAGAGCGAGGAGGGCGGGGGGAGGGGCGAGGGUCAAAAUGGGCGUUUCCAGUGCGUGGAGUGUGGGUGGAGUCUGUCGAACCGCCUCGAGCUGGCAGACCACCACGGGCGGCACCAACAGUCCCGUCUGAAGAUCCUGGAGGAGAUCGAGAAGCUGAAUGAAAACGGGACCGCUGGAGAGAUGCAGAGCUUCAGCGGCGAGGCGAUGAAGCGUUUGAGUUCAGACUCAGAUGUGACGCAAGACGCAGGAGCGGCCUCGACUCCAGGCGAAAUGUCAGACCCAAAAAUAGUCACAUCUCCACCUCUUUCCCCACUUUCUGCAUCCGGAGCCGCUCUCCUCUCUGACGCAUCUCCUCCAAAUUCAGCUCGAGCGCCGGCGCAGGCCCGACGCCGCUUUGUCUGCGCCACGUGUGACUUCAGCACGAGAACCCCGCAGGCGCUCGCUAACCACACCAAAACUCACAACAGAAAAAAAGCUGUUCCCAAGACCGCCCCCCUUUCCCCCGCUUCAUCGUCAUGCACUCUGUCCUGUGGUCUCUGUUCCUUUCAGGCCUUGACUCAAACUCUGAUGAGGGAACACCACAAACUGGUUCAUCAGGAACGCAUCAGGGCGCCGCAGGCGGGAGAAACCGGGCGCCGCUCGAGGUCUAAAGUCGGCGCUCGGGUUUUAAAACACAGCUUGGACUCGGACCGUCUCUCAGAAGUCAGCGACUCUGAGGACUGCACGAUCACAGACAUCACCGCGGCUCCGCCUGCGAGUCAGGUGGCCUUCAGGUGUGUGAGGAACAGGAGGUUCAGCCGGAGGGGGGAGACCUGGACCAGUUUCAUCAAGUUUCAUCCAAGAGUCCCUGAUGAAGAGGAUGAUGAUGAUGAUGAUGAUGAUGAUGAUGAGUUUCCAGGGAGUGAAAGAGAAGAAGAAGAAGAAGAAGAGGCAGAGCAGGACGGAGAUCAGAGCAAAGAGAUCGAUGCAGAAGAAGAGAACUCACCUGUGGAGGAGAAACGGCACAACAGAGCACGAUCCAACACAGAUGAAAGUCCAGCAGAGCAGAGCGCUCCACUCUCGCUCCCUCCUGAGCGCAGUGUGAAGGACGAAGACGAGCUGGAAGUGAAGAAAGACGGAAAGGUUUUCUUCCUGAGGAGGAGAAACUGCGCUCCUCAUGCCGCCGCCGCCCCCGUAGAGAUCGACAGCGGCGACGACGACGAGUACGACAUCGACGAGGACAACGUGCGGCGUUUCCUGUCGGAGGGUGUCCUGGACGAAGACAACGAGGAGACGGACGAGGACGCCGAGGCGAUGAAGAGCGUGGAGAGGAAGUGCCCCUACUGCCCCGAUCGAUUUCACAACGGCAUCGGGCUCGCCAAUCACGUCAGGGGACACCUGAACAGGGUGGGCGUCAGCUACAACGUGCGUCACUUCAUUUCCCCCGAGGAGGUCAACGCCAUCGAGAAGAAGUUCUCCUAUCAGAAGAAGAAGAAGAAAGUAGCUAACUUUGACCCGGACACGUUCAGCGUCAUGCACUGCGAGUUCUGCAGCGCCGGCUUCGACACGCGGGCCGGCCUGUCCAGCCACGCCCGAGCCCACCUCCGCGACUUCGGCAUCACCAACUGGGACGUCACCAUCUCGCCCAUCCACAUCCUGCGGGAGCUGUUCUCCAGCCGGCCCGACCUCGUCCUCCCCACCGCCCCCCCGAAGGAGGAGUUUGAGGACGAGUACGAGGACGAGUACGAGGAGGACGAGGACGAGGAGAAGGAGACACAGGAGGAAGGGGAGGGAAUCAUCGAGGUGAAACUGGAGGGGGAGACGAGUGAAAGGACGCUGAGUGCCGCCGACCCCGACGCUCGUUCUUCAACAUCUCCUCAACGCUGCAAGGAGGAGGACGCCGACGGAGAACGUGAAGAUGAGGAGGAGGGAACAGCAGACGAAGAAGAUGAGGAGCAGGACGGUCUGAGCCCGGGGAAAACAGCGCCGUGCAGCGCGGACUCAGACAGCCCGUCUCCUGGGGACGAUGCAAACACCAAGGUCCACAACUUGAAGUGCGAGGUGUGCGGAGCUCGGUUCGAGACCAAGCGGGGACUGUCCAUCCACGCCCGCUACCACCUGCGCCGGCUGGGCAUCGGCGUUGCAGAGCACAGCGGAGCCGCCCUCACCCUCCUCCACCAGAUCGCCAAAGAGCGAAACAUCAGCCCGCUUCUCGUGGCGCCCCGAUCAGCCGCCAAGAACUCCUCCCCGAGCGUCCCUCACAAAGAUGAGCCGUUAGACGACAUGGACGUGGACGAGAAGCCCACCCCCCUCUCCUUCCUGGCCAAAGCGGCGAAAUCGGUGCCCCCUUCUUCCUCGUCCACGCCUACGCCUCCUCCGGGCGCCUCUCCGGCCCCGCCCCACUCUGGAUCCCCUCCCUCGGUGGUGAGGAAAGCCCCCAUUUCCUCUCUGCUGCCCGUGUCUUCCCCCUUGCGCUCUCUGGAGCACAAGGCCGGGGGAAUGAAAAGUUUGACCUCCGGCCUCUCGUCCUCCAUCACAACAACAAAGCCCCUGUGGGCGCCCCAGGAGGAUGACGCUCCGCUCAACCUCACUCUGGAGGUCGAUCCAACCAAGGACAUCGUGUGUCAGCUGUGCGGCGCCUGGUUCGAGACCCGCAAAGGUUUAUCCAGCCACGCCCGAGCCCACCUGCGGCACUUCGGGGUGGAGUACUCGGAAUCCAAGGGCUCCCCCAUCGACCUCCUGCACCAGCUCAUGGACAGCGACGACUUCAAGCACAAAGCCGGGACGCUGCAGCUCGACGACCACGCCGAGCCGCACGCCCUCACCUCUGCCCCGAAGCACUCCUCCCUGCUGAACCUCUCCUCCUCCUCCUCCUCCUCCUCUUCAUCCCUCCUGUAUAAGGUGACCACGGCGAGGGGCGGGUCCUCAUCCAAAGCUACCUCUUCCUCUGCCUCGUCCUUACACGGCCCGCCUGCCAAGCGUCUCAAAUCUUCCUCCAUGAGGGUCUUCCGCCUGAGCAGCGGGGAGCUCAUGGCCCUGCCACACAGUGAACCUCCAAAGGAAAUCGGCUGCGAGUUCUGCGGAGAAUACUUCGAGAACCGUAAAGGCCUCUCCAGCCACGCCCGCUCCCACCUCCGUCAGAUGGGCAUCACCGAGUGGUCGGUGAACGGCUCGCCCAUCGACACCCUGAGGGACAUCAUCACCAGACGGGGCCUGCCUUGCGCUCUUCCUCUAAAACCACAUCUAAAGACUCCUCCACCAUCCUCCCCCGGGGGGCCUCCUCCUCGCUCCCCUCUGUCAGCCUCCUCCUCCUCCUCCCCCUCCUCGGCCUCCCUCCUCGGUCGUCUCCCCUUCGCCUUCGCCCGCCCCUCCAGUCCUCCUCCCUCUGUUUCUAAAUCCAGCUCGGCGUCCCCGGCCUCGUCCGGCGGGCUGAUCCUGAAGCUGAAGCCGGAGCCGGUGCAGCUGGAGGUGACGGCGCCCGAAGCUGUGGGGAGAUCUGCAGGUCUCCUCUCCGGUGAAGCUCUGGGCUGGAGCGGCUCUGACAGCGUGUUCCCCCUCAACCUGGCCAUGUCCAACGACGUGGAGCCCACGCGGGACAUCCGCUGCGAGUUCUGCGGAGAAUACUUCGAGAACCGUAAAGGCCUCUCCAGCCACGCCCGCUCCCACCUCCGUCAGAUGGGCAUCACUGAGUGGUCGGUGAACGGCUCGCCCAUCGACACCCUGAGGGAGGUCAUGCACAAGCGAGGGGCCGGCCCCUCCCCCCUCUCAGACCACCGGGUGAAGAAGGAGGCGAGCCACGGGGCGAGCAGUCCUCUGUGGGAGAGCGCGGCGAGCUACGGCGGCUCGGAGGGUCUCGGCGUCUCGGCCUACCACGCCUCCAAGUACAGGAAGUCCCCCCUCAGUUUGUUGCAGUCCGGGUCCAGACUCCACAAGCAGGGCUUCAUGUCUGUCAGCACGUCUGGAGGGAAGUUCUUCUCCAGGAUGUCUCCUCUGGGGAAAAGAGCGUUGUCUGAGGAGAGCCAAUCAGCAGAGAGCGGCCUCUCUCCGUCGCAUCAGCUGAAGACUUUCUCACCCGUUCCUCACGACUUCUCCUACAAGAGGAAACCCUCCCCGGAUAAACACGGACACCAGGAUCCCAGCUGUGAGUUGUGCGGCUUCUUCUUCGAGAACCGUAAAGCGCUGGCCAGCCACGCUCGAGCCCACCUGAGGCAGUUCGGUGUGACCGAGUGGUGCGUGAACGGCUCCCCCAUCGAGACGCUCAGCGCCUGGAUGCGCAGCCGGCCGCAGAAGGUGUUGGAGAUGCACCGGAGCUACAUGCAGGGCAGCCGCUCCACCCUGAAGAAGAAGGCCUCCUCCUCUUCCUCCUCCUCCUCCUCCUCCUCCUCCCUCUGGCCCUCCUCUCUGGCCGUGGGCCUGGUGCGCCCGCUGAGCCGCGAGGUCGGCCACGGCUCUUCCAAGACCGCCGAGGACGAAGCCGGCAGCAUCAGCCUGCAGGGCGCUCUCAUCCGGUCCGACCACGGCAGCCCCAGUCCCUCGCGGCUCGCGGGCGGCCUCCCGCUGCAGGCGCAGGUGGCGCGCAGCGAGCUCAACGUCCGGCUGCCCAGAGGUUUUGAGCGUCGACCUCUGAAGCACCCGUCUCUCCCCGACGGAGCAGAGAGGGACAGCGGCCCUCCGAAGCCCCCCCGCACAGGCACCGUCCCCUCCCUGGUGCCCAAACCCCCCUCCUACCCGCUGGUCAAACUGGUGGGGAAGUUCUACACCCUGAAGUGCCGGUUCUGUGAGGUGGAGUUUCACGGCCCGCUGUCGGUGCAGGAGGACUGGAUCCGACACCUCCAGCAGCACAUCCUCAAGAUGAACUACAACAAGCCCGCUGCUCCGAAAGAAGUAGCCUCCGCUCCUCCGCUGGACCCCCCGCCCCGGCCGGAGACCCCGUCCCGGUCCCGGUCCAGGCCUCCACCUCUACCUCCAGCAUCACCUCCACCCCGACCCGCACCUCGGCCCCCAACAGCAGCUCCCCCCCCACGCCCCCCUCUGAGCCCGCCCCGCCUUUCACUGCCACAAAGAUUGUAAAGGUCUCUGAGGAGCAGCCCACCCCUUCUCCGGCUCCACUCCCCCUCCCUGCCCAGACGGUGUGAGCUCCUCUGACUCCCUGAGUGCCCCCCCCCCCCCCCCCCCCCCUGCCUUUUCCCUUUUUAUUUUCGUCCAUCUGUUUCUUCCCUUCGGCCUUCACAGAGCGUUGUCGAGGAGGAGCGUCUGCCCUCCAAAGAGCCCUCUGAGCACCUUUUUGAAGCAGCUUUCUAGACUGUUACUGAGUCCCGUUUCCAUGGGAACGAAGCUCUCCUGGCUUACCUGUGCACCACAGGGACGGACGACUGUCAGAAGAGUCCCAAGGUUAAGAGACGGAACAGAACCAAUGAUUUGUUUUUUUGUUUUUUUGCCUUGUUUAGAUUGAAUGUCCAGGCGAUGAUGGGAACAUUUCACUGGCUGAUUUAAGCGUUAAUGUAGCCCUCCAUCUAACCUCGCCCUCCUCCUACUUUGUACUACAUUCAUGCCCCCUCUCGCCUUUUAUCCCCCCCUUUAUAAACUCAGACCUCUGAGACUCUGACCAGUCCGAUCAGCAUACUGGUAGUGCUGGUCUCAGCCUCUCCCACUGCAAAAACUGUAAUUUCUCAUCAAAAAUCUCUCAUUUCAAAAAUCCACAUUCACCUGAUGAGCCCUGACAAACAUCUCAUUCCAAGAUAUAAAAACAGAACACCAUCAAACGAUCCUCUGACGCGGUGCAUUCAUGUGAUGUCGGAAACAUCGGAAAAACGAGUUUCCGAGUUGUAAAAUGCACAUGAACGCCUGCUCAAGUCGGAAACUCCGAAAAUAAUUAAGGUGUCCGACUUCCCGACUUGACGUCAGAAUCGUCAUCACAUGUGGGGCAAAAUAAGUUUUGUUAAUGUCAACAUACUUUUUAUUAAUUCACAUAUUGCACAUCAACUUUUUGCUCAAAUCUAACUUUUAACAAUUGCAUUACACUGAUCUUCUUCUUCUUCGUAGCAUCAACACUGUUUUUGGUGCUGUUGUUACAAAAUUCAGACUUUCCAAACUGAAAUCACAUGAACACACUGAAGUCAGAAAAACAACCUCCUAACUCAGAAACUCUGAUCACCCGAGCAGCACCUGAAUGCAGCAUGAGACGGGCAGUCGACUCUGACUGAACGAGUCGUCGAGUACUCGGUUACAUGCGGUCACCUCUACUGAAGUGUCUACAUACAGACUUCUCAUAUCAGGACACUCGAGUAAAGUUUGCAGAUUCUUUUGUUUUUUUUAAUCUUUGAAGUCAGAUGUUUACCUGGGCUCGUCAGGUGAAUGUGCUUGUGGAGUUUUUGCAGUGUGUGAAGGUCCAUUUCUCACCAUGCUCGUCUCGCAGUUGAGACUUUAAAAACAGGCACUUUUAAUGAUGACAUCGUCACCGAGCACUUACUGAAGCCUCCUUUUGAAACGGGCCAAAUAUCUGAAGAAGCCUAACCUGAUCAGUGAGAGGAGCAAGAAGAGGAAGCACACCCAAAAAGGGAACACCCCCCCCUUCCCACCCCUUAGUUAACUUUAGAACGUAAUAGUGAUCCCCAAAUAUACAUUUAGAUUGAAUGUAGCUUAAAGCACCUAAUGAUACCUUCGAACCUUAUAUUUGCACAUCAUCAUAAACAAACAAACAAACAAACAAAAACCCAAAUAUCACUACAAACAAAACUCACCGCCCAUCGGCUUCAAUCUGACGACGAUUUACUUUAAGAAAUUUUUGCCGACUUCUUGAUAAUUCCAGCGAUUAGCGACUUCCUGCCCUCUGUGAGUGAGUGGGAGUGUCACCCACCUGGGGGGAGGGGCUACUGCCCUUUGUGAUGUCAUGAAGGGAAAAUCUCCAAACGGCCUGUUUGAGCACACAUUUUCUGCAAAGUGGAGCAGGCAGAAGACGGAGAGGAUGGACUUUUCUCAUGAUUGGGGGGUUUGUAGACGGACUAGAGACACAUGGUGAAGUGGAUUUUGAAGAAUAUGUGACCUUUAAAGUUUCAUGAUGAGAUUUGUAGAAUCAAAUAAAAGUCGAUCUUUGUCCUCAAGAGGAGAAGAAAACGACUUUUUAAAAUGUUUGUUGAAUGGAGGUCGUAUUGAUUGUUGCUGAUGCAUUUCAGGAAGUCGGGAAAUCCAAACACUGUCGGCUAUUGAAACAGGACGAUGAUGAAGUGUUGUCAGCAGCACUUACAUGCCGGUAUUUGUUGAUAAAUAAAAUCGUCGUCAGAUUAGCGUCGAUGGGAGCUGGGAUGUCGUUAAAGGUGGAUUGCGUUCCACUCGCUUCUGCUCUACAUACGGACUCUUCAUCCUGCAUACACCAAAGCCUGCUGCAAUGUAAUUGGUCGAUACACUAAAACUACAAUUCUUCUACAUGCUCAAACCCAACCCCGCCUACAGAUGGCGUGUUUGCAGCACGCGGCGCCCCCCCCCCCCGUUGUGUUUUUAAUCUGCUUUCCUCUCCACAAACGGCGCCAUAAAAAACCUUCAAAGUUCCACAUUUCAAAUGUUUGUGUUCACGACGUUGCCAUUAUCUUCCUGCCUUCUUCAACCCAAACUAUUAUUUAUUUAUUAUUAUGCAUCUGAAUGUGGUAAGCUAGGUCAUUUUAAAGCUAACGGUAGAAUUUUUGAGUAUAGGUCAGAGGUGCACCUUUUUCAUUGGUGCACGCUGUGUGUGUGUGUGUGCGUGCGUGCGUGUGUGUGUGCGCGUGUGUGUGUGCGCGUGUGUGUGUGUGUGUGUGUGUAUACAUAGAAAAUGUGCAUUUGUUUCCCCCCUUUGUAGAGAGAAAAGACAGAAGUCAAACUGCUCGACAGGAAGACGUCUCCGUCGCUCAAAGUGAAGUGACCUCGGGAGUCUGUCUGUGUGUGUCGUGUGGGCGGGACUUGAAUGCAUCCCUCGGUGUGUGAGGAUGUGCCAAAGAGUCUGUUUACUUCCUUGUCUUGCCUCCUCUGUAAAAAGCUGUUUACAUUGGACCUGAUGGUGGAGGGAACUCUGCACAGCUAUCAGCGAGUUCCGCGAGUUCCCCGACUUUCCACACUUUCACGCAGAGUUUGAAGGACUCUCCAUGGGACUCAUGUUGUUACUGUAGGUUUAGAUUAGUCCAAUUAAAAAACAAGGACACAAACUGAGCGGGGAGAACUGUGGGUCCAAACGCAGGAACACGUCUGCCCUCUGGUUUCUGCAGACUCAGACUGUCUUCAUAUCCUCCGUCUACUGAAACACUCAGCGAAGGGUCCACGCAGUUUGCUCCCACGUUCUCUCUCUGAACCCUUCUGCAGAGUAUAGCUACAUAUAUAACUACAUGUACUUAAAGAACCUGUUGAUGCUAGUAGAGCUAUCGGCACUUCUAUUAGCGGCGGUAGUUAAAAAAGAAGUGAUCUUAAUUCCUCUAUUGUGAUUUGAUUUCCACCUUCGAUGCUCUGUAUUUUUUAUUGCUCUGUGCAUUUCUGUAUUUGCAGUCCUGCAAGGUGAAUCUUUAGAGUAUUUUUUAUUUUUAACCUGUUAGUUUUCUCCGAGCUGAAAAACUCUGGUGCUGAGAGAGAGGAAAAACAUUUGAAUGUGAUUGUCACGUCCUGGUAUCAAAGGACUCUAAAAAAAAAAAAAAGCGUGUCUUAAAAGGAGCCGUGCACGCUGACGUCUGAUCCCGUCUGUACGCACACAGGGUGAAAGGAUGCUGCAGCCUCUUGACUGCAUUACUCAAUCAGACGCGGGUGCAUUAGAGCUCCUUUUUAAGAUCACCUGAGAACGCCUCAGCUGGUGUAACCGGCUGAUCUGUGUUAGUGUGUGUGUGUGUGUGUGAGAAUGUGUGUGAGAGUGUUUAAAAAGAAAGCGAGACAAUAACGAUAAAGAAGACAAAAGAUGCAGUUGAAGAAAGACGUGUACUGUACACAAAGGGUUAAGUUUUAGGUGAAUCAAUCGAGAACAAACAAAAAUAAAUGUGAUUUCAAUUUCUGACAUGAAA